AUGAAGUACAUUCAAACCGAUCAAAUCUUGGACAUUCCAGAAGGUGUCACCGUUGAAAUCAACGCCAGAAAGAUCAAGGUUACUGGUCCAAGAGGUGUCUUGAACAAGAACUUGAACCACAUCAAUGUCACUUUCGCCAAGUUGUCCAACAGAGCUAUCAAGAUCACCGUCCACGACGGUGACAGAAAGCACGUUGCUGCCUUGAGAACUGUCAAGUCUUUGAUCUCCAACUUGAUCACUGGUGUCACCAAGGGUUACAAGUACAAGAUGAGAUACGUCUACGCCCAUUUCCCAAUCAACGUUAACGUUAUUGAAAUCGAUGGCGAGAAGUUUGUUGAAAUCAGAAACUUCUUGGGUGAAAAGAGAGUCAGAAACGUCAAGAUCGCCGAAGGUGUCGAAGUCGAAAACUCUGCCAACCAGAAGGAUGAAUUGGUCUUGACCGGUAACUCCUUGGAGGCUGUUUCCCAGGUUGCCGCCGAUGUCCAGCAAAUCUGCCGUGUCAGAAACAAGGAUAUCCGUAAGUUCUUGGAUGGUAUCUACGUUUCCGAAAAGGGCACCAUUAUCCAGGACGAAUAA